AUGAUGACUGGACUUACGAACGCGUUACAAUGCACGAUUCCCGUGAUCCAAGCGCCCAUGGCGGGCAUUCUGACGGUGAAGAUGGCCGCCGAUGUGACUCGGGCGGGCGGCCUUGGUUCGCUCCCCUUUGGCACCCACAAUCUCUCAAAGUCGCUUGCCCUGCUCAAGCUGACAGUGACGGAAUUCCAGGCGCUAAUUGGUGAUGGCUACGAGCUCACGAAGAACGGCCAGUUGCGGGUCAACUUGAACUUCUACAACCACGACAUCGAUCCACCGCCUACGGAAAAGCAACAGCAGACGUGGUUCGACGCCUACCGCGAGUUCAAGCCGAACCCGGACAAGAUCUCGUUCGCCAACGGCAACGUCCUUGAUGUGUUCCACUUUGGCUGCCCACCGAAGGACGUUGUUACUCAGCUUAAACGCACCAGCUUGGUGAUGGUGACGGUGACUAACGUUGCCGAAGCCAAGUUCGCGAUGGACGCGGGCGUCGACGGGUUGAUUGUACAAGGGUGGGAAGCUGGUGGUCCUCGUGGUACCUUCAUGCCUGACCAUGACCAGCGUCAGUCCACAUGGGAGUCGUUCACCGCGGUGACUCUGGCGGUGGCGGCAGCUCCAGCGAGCGACUGCUACAUUGUCCCUGCUGGUGGUAUUGUCAGAGUGAGCGAUGUACAACGGUACAUGGACGCUGGCGCCGACAUGGUGCUCAUGGGGCUGGCGUUCUUGUUGUGUCCCGAACUGAACGCCACCCAUUACUUCCACUCCCAGCUUGACCGCCGGUUGCCGACGCAGAUGGUGUCGUUCAUCUCAGGCAAGCCGACGCGAGGGGUGGCCACGCCGUUUAUCGAAAAUCUCAUGAUGACGCUGGGCAAAUUGGACGUGCCCUUCGGCUACAUGUACACCGCUUACCGGCUGUGGAUGGCUGACGUGAAAUCUCCCGAAUACGCCUUCUACAUCGCGGGAGACAAGUGGAGACUUGCGGAGAAUGGCGUGCACGCUGCCGAUGUCGUUCGUCAAUUUGACCGUGUCUUGCCAAAGAAUCGUCUGACUCGCCGUAAAGCGUGA